AUGACAUCCGUAAUGUCCAUGUCGGCCUCACCACCAGCCGCCGUAGCUACUGCCUCUGGAUACGUUGCCUUGUUGCAAGAAUCCGAUAACACACUCCGAUCACAUGCAUUGAAAAAGUUAUUGGAAUGUGUGGAUACCCUUUGGCAUGAAGUGGCUGAAUCCCUUCCUGAUUUGGAAACCAUUGCCGAAGACUUGGAUUUGCCGCAAGACAUGCGACAAAUGGCUGCAGCUGUAGCUUCUCGGGUCUUUUUUCAUUUGGAAGAACCUUCUCAGGCACUGCGAUUGGCGUUGGAAGCCGGAGAAGCCCAUUUUGAUUUGCAACACACUUCCCCAUAUGUUCAAUCACUGGUCCGGGCAGCAAUAGACGCCUAUGUGGUAGAACGGCUAAAGGUUAUUGACGACGAGAAGGAUGCGAAAGAAGAAGAUAUUGGAAUAUCGAUGGAACAACUACAAGCUAUGGUGUACCGAUUGUUGGAGACUUGUUGCAAAGAAGGAAAAUAUGACCAUGCACUAGGAAUUGCCUUGGAAGCCCAAGAAACUUCCAAGUUGAGAGAAAUUCUAAUUUCGUCUGGUCCCAGCGUAGAAAUGCUCAAGUACGCGCUCAAUUCUUCCAUCAAUGUUGUUUCCUCUAAGGCCUUUAGACAAGAGGCACUGAGCGUCAUCGCCGAAUGUCUUGAACAACAAAUCGAUAUUCGCAAAACUGCUUCGGUCGAUUUGAUCUUUGUUUACCAACUUCUUGGAAAGCCAGAAAAGGUUGCCGAGGUGCUUUCUAAACUAGUUAAGGGAUCCGACGAUGAUUCAUUGCUCGGAUUCCAACUUUGCUUUGAUUUGUCAGACAGUGGCGAUCAAGCCUUUGUUACUCGAGUGGCUGCUGCUUUGACAAAGUCGGAUGCCCAAAAAAAGCGAUGGGCCCAAGUCGACCGUGUCUUGACAGGUGGGUUCUCGUCCGAAUUAGCGUUGAGUUUCCUUCACAAGCAGUCCAAGGCGGACAGCUUGAUCAUGGAGACCCUAAAGAAAUCUCUCGAGGAACGAGGCAGCGGAGGCAGAUCAUCCAUUUUGCACAAUUCGGCUGUUCUCACACACAGCUAUUUGUAUGCUGGAACAACCAAUGACACCUUUUUGAGAGAUCAUUUGGACUGGAUGAAAAAGGCUUCCAAUUGGGCCAAGUUCUCAGCGACUGCGUCCCUUGGUGUCAUCCAUGCUGGCCACAUUACCGAGGCAAUGCACCUGCUAGAACCAUACCUCCCGUCAAGCCCCUCCGAUGAAGGUGGCUCCAAUGUUUCUCCCAAUGGCGGUUACGCCGAGGGAGGAUCCUUGUAUGCCUUGGGCCUUAUCCAUGGAUCCCAUUCUGGAUCUUCUGCUGAGAAGCGAAAGGAAACUGCCGAAUUCUUGAGAACCCAUUUGCGGGCCUCCCAUACCAACGAAGUGAUUAGCCACGGAGCUGCUUUGGGAGUCGGGCUCACUUCCAUGGGAUCCAACGAAUUGGCUGCUGUCAAUGAACUAAAGGAUUUGCUAGACACGGAUUCUGCUGUAUCUGGAGAAGCUGCUGGUAUAGCCAUUGGUAUGGUGCUGGUGGGCAGUGGAGCUGGAAAUGUGCACAAUUCCCUUCCUGCUAAUGACAAAGAAGAAAUUAUGGAAUUGGUUACUGAGCUCAAGAACUAUGCUCGUGAAACUCAACACGAAAAAAUCAUUCGGGGUAUUUCCAUGGGACUGGCAUUGAUGCAAUACGGUCAAGAAGAAAAUGCCGAUGCUUUGAUUGAGGAUAUGCGAAGCGAUCGUGAUCCAAUCUUGCGGUACGGAGCCCAGUAUGCUCUCGCCCUUGCUUACUGUGGAACCGGAUCCAACAAGGCCAUUCGUAUACUCUUGCACACUGCUGUCAGUGAUGUUUCAGAUGAUGUCCGUAUGGCGGCUGUAAUUGGUCUUGCUUUUGUUCUCUUCAAGACCCCCGAACGAGUUCCACAAUUGGUCAAGCUAUUGAUGGAAUCGUUCAACCCACACGUGCGAUAUGCCAGUUGUAUCGCCGUCGGUAUUGCAAUGGCUGGCACUGGAGACUCAGAGAGUGUAGCAAUGCUCGAACCAAUGCUCGAUGAUAUGACUGACUACGUUCGUCAAGGUGCUUUGAUGGGUACUGCCAUGAUUUACAUGCAACAGAGCGACUCGAGCAACGGAAGAAAGAUCCGCUCCUUCCGCGAGAAGAUCGCUUCCAUUGUCCGUGAAAAGCACCAAAAUACAUUGACCAAGAUGGGUGCCAUUCUUUCUACCGGAAUCAUUGAUUGCGGAGGAAGAAACUGCUCGCUUGGACUAGGAUCCAGAAAUGGUUUCACUAAGAUGAACAGUGCCGUUGGUUUGGUAUUGUGGUUGCAACACUGGCACUGGUAUCCCAUGAUGCACAUGUUCAGUCUUGCACUCACCCCAACCUAUACUAUUGGAUUGAACAGGGACUUCAAAUAUCCCAAGAAGUUUGAAAUUGUUUGCAACUCUAAGCCUAGUAUUUUUGCGUACCCCAAGAAAUUGGAAGAAAAGAAGGAAGAGAAAAAGAAGCGCGUCGAAACAGUUGCUUUGUCUACCACAGCUAAGGAGAAAGCAAGACAAGCCCGAAAGCGCGCCAAAGGGGGAGAAGGUGGCGCCGCAAUGGAUGUUGACAAGGAGGAAGAGAAGACUGAGAGUAAAGAUGCUGUAGGUGAUGAGAAGGGAGAAAAGAUGGAGGUCGACAAGGAAGAGGAAGAGAAGAAGCCAAAAAAGAAGCGCGAACCAGAACCUACAACUUUCCGUGUUGGAAACCCAUCACGAAUCACAAUUGCACAAUCACAGGUUUGUGUUUUUGACUUGGGACAAAGAUAUCGACCUAUCAGACCCGAAGAGAAGCCAUUGGGAGUCAUCAUUUUGACCGAUAGCACUCCAGGGGAAGCUGAGGAUCUCGGUGCCGUCAAGGCACCAUCAUUGGAGCCCGAGGGAGAGUGUGCUCCCCCAGAGCCAUUCGAGUGGACCCCACCAGACGAAACUGCAGCCACAGACACAAAAGAGCCUGUCAAGAAGGAAGAAAAGUAG